AAAGGGGCGUGGCGCACUAGGAUUUGGAGCACCACAACAACUAGCGAAGAGGCAGCAACUAAUUUACCCUUUUCUUUUGCAAAUCCCUAUGAAAUUUGACUGAUUUUUCUUUCCGUUUGCAACUUUAUAAUGAUAAAAGCGAUUUUGGUUUUCAACAACCAUGGAAAGCCGAGACUUUCGAAGUUUUACCAGUACUUUGUAAGCAAAUCUCAAAAACUCAUUCAUUCAACACAAAGUCAUAUGUAUGUAUAUCGUCGGCUACGCGGCCAAAUGGCCGAUCUGAACGAAGACAUGCAGCAGCAGAUUAUCAAAGAAACAUUUCAGCUUGUUUCAAAGAGGGAAGACAAUGUGUGCAAUUUUCUGGAGGGUGGAAGUCUGAUUGGAGGAUCUGAUUAUAAACUGAUUUACCGACACUACGCGACUCUUUACUUUGUUUUCUGCGUUGAUUCUUCUGAAUCAGAGCUUGGAAUUCUCGAUCUCAUUCAGGUUUUUGUUGAAACUUUGGACAAAUGCUUUGAAAAUGUGUGUGAACUGGAUCUUAUUUUCCACGUUGAUAAGGUGCACUACAUCUUGAAUGAACUGGUCAUGGGUGGAAUGGUGCUGGAGACGAACAUGUCGGAGAUUCUCACCCGAGUGGAGGAGCAGAGCAAACUGGAAAAGCAGGAGGCUGGCAUCACGGCAGCCCCAGCAAGGGCCGUGUCGGCAGUGAAAAACAUGAACCUCUCGCAGCAAAUCAAGGACAUCAAGUUGCCUGACCUGCCGCAGGCCAUCAAAGACCUCAAGUUCUGACCAUCACAGAGUUCGGUUGUCAACGGAAUCGAGAUCGAAGACAUGUGACAUAGAGAGACUUGUCCGUUGCUGGUGUCAGCUCCGGGCGAGAAUUACUUAGCCGUCGACGCUGUUGCCCUAAACUCGGAUCAAUCUCAAAGUCCUGGCUGACAUUCCAUUCGGAUGAAAAAAAGAAUCAUUCAAACCCAGAUUAUUUUAUUAUUUGUUGCAAGUGACGUGUAAAUGGUCAGAAUGUGAACAACAUUGUUUUUCUGUCCUGAUCAUAGUUGAUCUUUUUUAUAUAAUAAUUAAUAUUCUAUUACAAUAUAUGAACUAGAGGAUUAUUUUACUUGCACAAUAAUCAUGUUAAUAAAGCUCUCUGAUAUUUUGUUACAUAGGUGCGGAAAGGAUGUAUGAAUGGGAAAUAAAUUAGGAAUAGAAAGCAUCCAUUAUUUUGGA